UCUCCUGAACCUCUUCAGCAGCUCGGCGGGGCGGAGGAGGCAGCGGUGGCGUGUCUGAGGCCAAGGAAAGCACUCAGCAAACUGUAAAGUGAAAGGCAGACGGCGUGAGCAGUGCGGAGGAAUCCUUCGGGAUGGCAGAGGAGGCGGCCAUGGCGGGUCUGUGCGGGAGCGAGAGCGUGAGCGCUCCGCAGCAGCAACUGGUGUCAUUUGAAGACAUCGCUGUGGACUUCACCUGGCAAGAGUGGCAGCACCUGGAUAUUCUUCAGCAAAACCUCUACAGACAUGUGAUGCUGGAGAACUACAGCAGCCUGGUGUUCUUGGGGAACUGUAUGACCAAACCAGAUUUGAUCUUCAAGUUGGAGCAUGGAUUUGCACCAUGGACUGUAUUAGAAUGCUCAAUUCACAGGCUUCCAGAAUUGAAAACUCAGCUCAAAAUGCAGUGGCCAGAGAUGGAUGAUUUUAAACAAUUCCAGAACACCAUUUACCAGAAGUUACAUCAGACAUGUUAUCAAGGAACAAACACAGGUGGCAAGCUGCUUGAAUGUAGGACAACUUUUAUCUCCAAGUCACACGUCACUAAUCAUCAGAGAACUCAAACAGGUAACAAACCUUAUGACUGUAAUGUAUGUGGAAAAGCUUACCUGACCCAGUCACAUCUCACUAUGCAUUAUGAAACUCAUACAAGUUAUAAGCCAUACAAAUGUAGCAAAUGUGGGAAAGCAUUCAUGUCCCAGUCACAUCUCAAUAAGCCUUAUGAAUGUACUGCAUGUGGGAAAGCCUCCGUUUUAAACUCAGAUCCUAAUAAGCUUCAGAGAAUUCACACAGGUGAGAACCCUUAUGAAUGUAAUGAAUGUGGAAAAGCUUACAUCACCCACUCACCUCUCACUGUGCAUCAUCAAGAACACACAGGUGAAAAGUCAUAUGGAUGCAUUGAAUAUGGGAAAGCUUUCAUCUCCACGUCACAGCUCACAAGUCAUCAGAUAACUCACAUAGGUGAGAAGCCAUAUGAAUGUAUUGAAUGUGGAAAGGGCUUAAUCUGCAAGUCACAUGUCACUAAUCAUCAUAGAACUCACACAGGUAAGAAACCAUAUAAAUGUAUUGAAUGUGGAAAAUGCUUCAUCUAUAAUUCAGACCUUAUUAGGCAUCAGAGAAGUCACACAGGUGAGAAGCCAUAUGAAUGUACUGAAUGUGGGAAAAUCUUCAUCCACAAGUCACUUCUUACUAGACAUCAGCGAACUCACACAGGUAAGAAGCCAUAUGAAUGUACUCAUUGUGGGAAAGCAUUCUUCUACAAGUCAAGUCUCACUAAUCAUCAGAGAACUCACACAGCUGAGAAACCAAAUGAAUGUACUGAGUGUCAGAAAUCUUACAUCUCCAAGUCACACCUAAUGAAUCAUUGCAGUACUCAUACAGGUGAAGCACCAUAUAAAUGUACUGAAUGUAGGAAAGCCUUCAUCACCAAUUCACAGCUCACUAUUCAUCAGAGAACCGACAAAGGUGCCUUCAUCAGCAAGUCGUAUCUUAUUAUGCACCAGAGAAGUCACACUGGUGAGAAGCCAUAUGAAUGUACUGAAUGUGGGAAAGCCUUCAUCAGCAAGUCCCAUCUUAAUAGGCAUCAGAGACUUCACAUAGGUGAAAAGCCACAUGAAUGUACUGAGUGUCAGAAAGCUUACCUCUUCAGGUCAGACCUAAUUGUUCAUUGGAGAAUUCAUACAGGUGAGAAGCCAUAUGAAUGUACUGAAUGUGGGAAAGCCUUCAUCACCAAUUCACAGCUCACUAUUCAUCAGAGAACCCACACAGGUGAUAAACCAUAUAAAUGUAUUCAAUGUGGAAAAGGCUUCAUCCGCAAGACAGAUUUCACAUAUCAUCAGAGAAGGCACACAGGUGAGAAGCCAUAUGUAUGUACUGAAUGUGGAAAAGCUUUUUUCUUCAAGUCACAUCUUACUAGGCAUCAGAGAAGUCACACAGGUGAGAAGCCAUAUGAAUGUACUAAAUGUGGAAAAGCCUUCAUUCGCAACUCACAUCUUAUUAGGCAUCAGAGAAGUCACAGAGAUAAGAAGUCAUAUAAAUGUACUGAAUGUGGGAAAGCUUUCAUCUGCAAGUCACAUCUUAUUAGGCAUCAAAGAACUCACACAGGCUGCACACACUCCAGGACAGAGCUGCUCAGAGAGCUCUACAGCCAGUCUGUGUACAGGGAAGAACCGGAUGUGCAGGGGAGGGACAGAACACCCAUGUUACUAGAGCCUCUGCCCUUGUUAAACAGCUGGAGGGAAGAGCACACAAUAGCCCAAAGUGUGCACUCAAGCCUGGGGACCCCGGAAUGGAAGAUGGAGAGCCAUGGCUGCCAUUGUGAUCUGCUUCUUACAGAUAUAUUCCCCACCCUGAAUGAGGACAUAACUCUCACCAUUUCUGACUUCCUGAACAUUGCUCGUCUACCUUCCCCAAUCUAUGAAGCACAGAAGUACAGGCCACAGAGUAUAUAUAUGACUCAAACUCCAGAGAAAGAAAUGAUUGUGGUGCAGAUCCAAGGUGUUGUACAGGUAGGGUGCUCAGACACAAAGGUCUUGGAUUGCAGAAGUUCACACCCUGCUCAGUCAGUGUGCCUGAUUGGACAGUGUAUUCCAUUGGACAGUGCUCCAAGCCCCAACCCCUCAAGACGAUGA